AUGGAAUUCUGGUUCCACUGCAAUAACUGUACACGACGUCCGGAUAAUUGGACUCUCAUUCCCACUUAUCGUCUUACCAACUGUGGUCACAUCUUAUGCAGCGAAUGUACUGAUGAUAUUGAUACGGUAAAAGUUUGCAAAUUUUGCCAGCGCACUGGAAUUACAGCUCUUGCAAUUGACAAGACAUUACCACCUCAUGUACAGAAAUUCUUCAUGCCCCCGAAAAUGUUGAUCGAAAGUGCAGAAAAACGUAUUAAAGAGACAAUUGCCUUCCAACAUUCUCAAAAGGUUUUGAUGGAACGCUGCUUGGUUAGAAAGGUUGUGCAGCUUUGGUAUCAAUUUCAAGCAGCGAAGCAAGAUGCAAAAUCGAAAAAUGAACUCGAAAGAGAAAUAGCGUGUCUCAAAAACGCAUUGAAAUGUUUGAAAGGAGAAUUGUUACGUACACUUAAUAAUCAUCGAGAAUUUGAAAAACAGGCGCUGCAAUGGGGAUUUAAAGCACUCUCUGUUAAAGAAAGUGGACAAAAUUUUUCGCGAGAGCAACAGGAGCAACAGGAGGUGCAGAUCGUGGAAACAAGAAUUCUUACCGAAAGUAUAUUCACGAAUAUGUUCACGAAUAGUGCAAGCAUUCUUACAGAUGGUAGUUCAUUGUCCUCGCAUAUUUCCGAUGAGCCACUGGAUUUAUCAAUGAAAGACAAAGUUGAUUCUGUGAACGAGGAAAUGAUUUUAUCAUGCUCAUCAUCAAAUUCUGAUUUAGCGAAAUGUGUUACUGCACCAUUCAAUAGUCCCACUGCUAUUGUUCUCUCGAAAAAAAAUUGCGCAGUCGGAGUACAAAGGUCAUGCGUUCGGAAGAAUACCACUUCAUUAAGCAAGCCCCGCGCUAGUGGUAGCGGAUCCGUUCGUAGCAGAAAUUGUCGACUUGAAAACUCCGAUCAUAAAUCGCAUCCAAAAUCUGAAUAUAAGAACUGGGUAGCAACUCCUUCAUAUCCGAUACUUAUUUUGCGUCGAGUACGCGUUGAUGCUGCGAAUGGUGAGGCAUAG